AUGGACGAAGCGGACUCGCUGGACGGCGGAGCGGCGGAACCGAGCUCGGAGCCCCUGUUGGCGGCGGCCGGCGCGUGUCAGCAGCAAGGAUGGAUGCGCGUUCACGAGGUCAAGGGUCCAGCGGCGCACCAUCUUUCUUGUGGCCAGAGUCCAUAUUUGGACGCGGGCAUGUGGGAGAAGAAGUUUUGCGUGUUGACUGACAGCCAGCUGCUGCUUUUCAGCAACCACCAACAGAAUCCGCCGGAGAACUCGCCAGACCGCGCCCGCAACCUCCGCAGGACCGUCAGCGUCCCCUCGGAGGGGCACUUCCAGGACUGUCCAUCAAACGGUGCACUCAUGUUAGAAUCGCCGUCCGAGCCAUCUCCCAGGAGGCGGAGCAUCCCGGGCCUGGCCAAUUCGGACAAAAGCGUCACCGUGGACGUGCCCUCCUCCUCGCCUUUCCGAGUGCCUGGCUUUUUCAGCAAGCGUCUAAAAGGUUCCUUUAAGAGGUCCAAAAGUCAAAGCAAACUGGAUCGAAACAGCAGCUUCAGACUUCCGCUAUUGAGAGCCGCUGAUGUCAACAGAUCUGGUGGACUCCCUCAGCUGAAGGAGUCCACGUCACGCGAAUCUUUGCCGAGUCCCAGCGGCGCUCCGGAGGUGGUGGAGCUCGAUGAGGAUGACGGCGUCACAGUUAGGCCUCUGCACGCCAGCGUUCUGGGUCGGGACUUCUGCUUUGAGGUGACCUCCUCGGGCGGCACCAGGUGCUUCAGCUGCUCGUCGGCAUCGGAGCGAGACAAGUGGAUGGAGAACCUGAGGAGGAGUGCGCAGCCUGACAAGGACAAUCGGCGCAGGACGGAACAUUUACUUAGACUGUGGAUCAUCGAGGCCAAAGACCUGCCCCCCAAGAAGAAGUACUUCUGCGAGCUGUGCCUGGACGACGUGCUGUAUGCACGUACCGGCGCCAAGACCCGGCGGGAACGGGAUGGCCCCUUCUGGGGCGAGUACUUGGCCUUGGCCGACUUCCCCGCUGCACGCAGCCUCACUGUGCACGUCUACCGAGACGCAGACAAGAAGAAAAAGGACAAGAACAACUACGUGGGCUUGGUCAACAUCCCCGUGGCCGUCGUGACGGGACGACACUUUGUGGAAAAGUGGUACCCGCUGAGCACGCCGGCCGGCGCCAAGGCAAAAGGUGGCGGGCCGUCCCUGCGCCUGAAGCUGCGUUUCCAGAGCGUAACCGUGCUGCCAAUGGAGCGCUACAAAGAGUUCGCCGAGUACGUCACCACCGCUUACGGGACGCUUUGCUCAGCCUUGGAACCCGUCAUCAGCGUCAAGAACAAGGAGGACAUGGCCGCCGCCCUGGUGCGCAUCCUGCACGCCACCGGGAGAGCCAAAGAUUUCUUGAGCGACACAGUGAUGUCGGAGGUGGAGCGCUGCGGUGAGCAUGACGUGCUGAUUUUCCGGGAGAACACGCUGGCCACCAAAUCCAUCGAGGAGUACCUCAAACUGGUUGGGCAGCAGUAUCUGCAAGAGGCGCUCGGCGAGUUCAUCAAAGCCUUGUACGAGUCUGACGAGAACUGCGAGGUGGAUCCCAACCGUUGCGCAGGUGCCGAGCUGGCCGAACAUCAAAGCAACUUGAAGAUGUGCUGCGAGUUGGCAUUCUGCAAGAUCAUCAACUCCUAUUGCAUGUUCCCCCGCGAGCUGAAGGAGGUGUUUUGGGCGUGGAAACAACGCUGCGAAGUGGGUGGUCAACCGGCGGGCAUUGGCCAGCGUUUGAUCGGAGCCUCGCUCUUCCUGAGAUUCCUGUGUCCCGCCAUCAUGUCGCCGUCACUCUUCCAGCUGACGCGGGAAUACCCCGACGAGCGCACGUCCAGGACGCUCACGCUCAUCGCCAAGGUCAUCCAGAACCUGGCCAAUUUCACCAAGUUUGGCGACAAGGAGGAGUACAUGGCCUUCAUGAACGACUUCCUGGAACGCGAGGGGUCAGGGAUGAGGCGCUUUCUGUCGGAAAUCUCUGACCCGGAAUGUCCGUCCGGCGCACCGGGAUUCGAUGGCUACGUGGACCUCGGGAGAGAGUUGGCACUGCUGCACGCACUUUUGGCGGACGUCGUCGCUCAGCUUGACAUGGCCACGCGAGCCAAGCUUGGCCCACUGCCGAGGAUUCUGGGUGAUAUUUCACGCGGCCUGGCAGGCCCCGACGCCCGGCCGCGUCGCCUCGCCGACGACAUCAGUGCCAGCCUGUCGUCCGGUCUGCACAGAAUCUUUGACGAGUCCGCUGACGGAGGGGUGCGCCCCCCAUCGCCCUGCCAGCCUUCCUCAGUUGGCAUGCCGGCGUGUGGGCGAAGCGUCUCCUUGGUGGACCUUCAGGACCCCGCCCGGAGCCCACCAACAGAUUCCCGGGUACCUGCUGGACCCGCUCGAGUGCCGUUCGGAGAGGCCCAGCCUCAGAGCGCCCCACAGGUUCGUCGCCCGCUCGCCCCGCCCGUCGAGCGUCAAAACGGACCGCAGCCGCUUUCCUUCCGCAAUCCCGCCUACCAACUGGGCAAGCCAGCCUCCCCGGCGAGUAGCCCCGCCCCAUCACCGCAGGACUCCGGCACUGGCAGCUCACACGGUAGUCGGCGUGGGCGCCCGGGCGUCAGUCCGGACCAGUCGGCCCCCAUCGUGGUCGCGCCCCACCGGGGUGCCGCAGCGGGCACCGCCCACAUCGUCAAAGUGGAGCAGCAGAGUCGCGUUGCCAGCUCGGAGACCACACCGACUGACGGCCGGCCCUCUCCUGACGGGGCGCCGCCUUCUGCCAGCACACAGCGGGCGUCACCGUGCGCUAUGUCUCCCGUGGAGCGAACGGCUGCCUGGGUGCUUGGCAACGGCCAAUAUCACCAGGACCGCCAGCGGGGGAAACCUACGGAUGCUGAGAGUGGCGGCCCAGAGGAGGGAGGACAUUCGGACAAGUACGAGGUGGAGGUGUGGCACUUGCGGGAUCUCCUUCGCGCCUCCUGCCGCCGCCUGGAGGAGUACGAGCGCCGGCUGCAGGCGCAGGAAAUCUCCAUCGGCAACAUGCGCGCCGACUACACUGCUCGAUUGGACGCCAGCGAGGAGAGGCGGCGACGUGAGCGCCAACACAAGCAGCAGCAGAUCGACGAUAUCCUUUGCAGGCUGCUGGUGGUGGAGGAGGAGCUAAAACGCGACCACGCCGAAAUGCAGGCGGUGAUUGAAACCAAACAGGAUGUCAUCGACGCUCAGGAGCAGCGCAUCGCAUCUUUGGACGCGACAAACGCCCGCCUGAUGGCGGCGCUGACGCAGGUGAAGGAGCGCUAUGGCGCUGCGCCGCACUCACGCAACCCCUCCAAGCUGUCCAUCACCGAGAACGGAGAAUUCAAAAACAGCGGCUGCUGA